AUGAGCAAAAUGUGGGAGGUGGAUCCGGAGACGCGGAGUAAGUUACUUGAGAUACAAAAGACGAACGACAACAACAAGUGCGUCGACUGCAAUGCGCCGAGUCCGCAAUGGGCCUCGCCCAAGCUCGGUAUUUUCAUGUGCCUCUCCUGCUCGGGUGUGCACCGCGGUCUGGGUGUGCACAUCUCCUUCAUCCGCAGUAUCACCAUGGACGCCUUCAAGGGCUCGGAACUCGUGCGCAUGGCUGCCGGCGGCAACAAGCCCUUCCAAGACUUCUUCAACACACAUCCAUCGAAUACGAAAGACGGACGCACAUUCGAGGCCUCAUCCAUAUCAGAGCGAUACGACUCGGAAGCGGGCGACGAGUGGAAGGAGAGACUCAGCUGUAAGGUCGAGGACAGGGAGUUCGACAAGGCAAAUCUACCCAAGCGGUUACCCAAAAAGGACAAUGUAUCUACAGCCGGUAUGGGCGCGCCCUUGAGCGGACGCGCCAGCGCAGCCGGAAGCCGAAGCCAGACACCCCUCGGAAAGACACGAAGCAACGACGCAGGUUUCCAGCGCUCGGGUUCCCCCGCCCUCGGCACCAACGCCAUGUCUAGCCAGAAAGUGAAGAACGAAGCCUACUUCGCUAAGAUGGGCCAGGAGAACGCCAACAGACCCGACGGCGUUGCGCCGAACCAGGGCGGAAAAUACGGCGGCUUCGGCAGCGAGCCAGAUGCGUGGAAGAAGGACGAUGAGCCCGGUGCGCCUCCUGCGCUGGACGACUUCCAGAAAGACCCUGUUGCGGCGCUUACCAAGGGCUUUGGCUGGCUAGGCGCAAGCGUGAGUAAAGUAGGCAAAACGGGGUAUGAAGGCUGGGUGAAGCCUGGUAUGGCAAAGCUCGCAGAAGCAGACCUCGCAACCCAAGCCCGCACCACAGCCGGCACCCUCGGCCAAACCCUCCAAUCCGGCGUCGCAAACGCAAACACGCAAUUCUCGCGCUUCGUCGAAGGAGGCGACUCUGCACAUCCUUCUUCUUCUUCCUCUUCUCGGGCCCCGUUGUCGGGUCAGCGCGAACCUGAACGUAAAGACUUUUGGGAGAGCUUUGGUGCGGCGCCAGCGGGGCCGGCGAAGGAUAAACAGGACUUUUGGGAUGAGUUUGGGAGUGCGGGGGAUGCUAGGGCGGCUGGGGGCAUGGCUGGGAAGAAGCCGAGUGGGAUUGGGACGAGUGCUAUGAAGAAGGGGGGUGCUGGUGGGGGGAUGGGUGGUGGAGGGGCGAAGAAGGAUGAUGAGUGGGGGGAGUGGUGA